AUGCAAAAGGGUUGGGGACACUCCUACCAGGGUUCAUAUUCUCGCCGAUUGUGCCAUGCACACAUUCAUCUAGACAAAUGCUUCCUCCUGAAUAAUGACGGCUCACAUAACUGUUGCAGGGAUUUUGCAGAAGCUCUCAAGUCACUGCAAAGGCCAAAGCCCUUUCCGUCGGACCUGACGGAUCUUUACAACCGAGGCAAGCGGCUCGUCAUAGAGAGCAUACAAUGCGGAGUCACCGCAAUGCGCGCACACGUCGAGUGGACCAGACGGCGCUGCACCGAGGGUGUGCAAGCCGUCGGGUCUGCACCCUAUGUCGAGCCCAGCAUCGCGCAGGCGAAGCGCAAUAUCGACCUUAUCCUUGACACCGCCCACGAGAACAAGCUGCAUGCCGACUUCCACCUCGACUACAACCUGGACCCGACCGCCGAGCCCCUCAUAUGGUACCUCCUCGCGCAGCUCCGCAGCCGUAUCAACUCAGGCCGCUGGGCCGACGGAGCGCACGUAUGCGUCGGGCACGCAACGCGCCUCUCUCUCUUCUCCGCAGAGGAGUGGACGCGCUUCCGCAUGGCCGUCGAGGACGCGGAGAAUCAGAACAGUCUGCCGAUCACCCUGCCGGGGCCACCGCGCGCGACGCUCGACGUGCCGGGGCUCGCGCGGGAGCACCGCGUGAAGGUCGGGAUGGCGGUAAAUAACGUCGAGAACGCGUUCACGCCCCAGGGGACGAUCGACCCGCUCGCGCUCUGCCCGAUGGGUGUGGCGGUGUUCCAGGAUGGGACUAAGAGGGGAUGUCAGACACUGGUUGAGGCCGUGACGAUCACUGCUCGCAAGGCCAUCGCGGCGCGAGGCCCCGCCAGCCUGUUCCCCGCCAAGGGCGACGCGGCUGACUUUGUCCUACUCCACGAGAACGACUCGCUCUACUCCGCCGCUCUCAACCCGUCCUACACGCGCACGGUCAUCAAGGACGGGGAGAUCGUGGCGACGAGACGCGCAGACAAGUGGAUCCGGCUCGUCGCGCAACAGUGA